AUGUCGAGUUGCGGGAAGUGCGACCGUCCGGACACCAAAGACAUGGUUGCGUGCGACUCCUGCCAGGCAUGGUAUCAUUUCCAGUGCGUUGGAGUUUCCCCCGGUAUUGCAAACAGGACCUUCAAGUGUGACGUUUGCACGGGAAAAAAGGUGAAAAAGACUGGCACCGUGAAAAAGGUUGGAAUAACCACCAAUCCUUCAAAGCCAACGAAACCUGUCGAGGCAGCAACAGAACCAACUUCUUCCGAAAGCCAAAGUGUCUCUUCCGAUGCUGCCACGCAAUCCGUAACCAGUGAAGCCGCUACUGUCAUUUCCCGGAAUCUUCCGGAACCGAGCUACGAGCAACAACUCCAAGCGAUGAUGGAUGAAAUGGAGUUGCAAGAAAAGCAGCUGAAGGAAGAAAAAAUUAUCCGUGAGAAACGUAUGGAGAUGCAACGGAUACUGGAAGAAAAAAGGAUUUUGCAGGAUCGAGAGCUGCAGGAGAAGCAACUGGAACAAGAAAAAAAGUUGCUCGAGCGAAGGUUGCAAGAUGAUUUGGACUUCAGCAAACAACAACGAGCCCUGCGGGAUAAAUAUGAUCGAGCCCGGAGUGAUUUGUUGCUGAAAGACCAAGAAGAGUUUGCCGCUGGUGAUUGUGAAGAUGAUAGUGCCGGAAAAGUGCGUGGUUGGCUGCUGGAUCCACUUAAUCGAGAUCCAACGAAAAAUGUUCCCUUCGAUGACCAGCUACAACAAACGCCUAAAUGUAGGCCAGACUCCAAGCGUUUGUCGCAUAAUGUGCUCGAAAAUAAUCGCCUGUCGGUAGGCAAUCGUUUGCCUGUCGAUGAAAACAAUUUUUCGUCGAAAUUUUUGCCAGAAGCAAGCGAUUCCGCUUCUGUUCAACAACAAGUUUAUCAUCAACCUACCAAAGCACAAUUGUUGGCCCGCUCAGUUCUUGGACGCCCUUUACCCAUCUUUAGUGGCCGAGCAGAGGAGUGGCCGCUAUUCAUAAGCUCGUUCACCAACUCAACAGAAGCUUGUGGGUUCAACGAGCAGGAAAAUUUGGUCAGGCUGCAAGAGUGCUUAAAGGGAGCUGCCCUGGAAACCGUUCGUAGCCGGUUGAUGCUGCCUUCAGGAGUGAGUAAGGUAAUUGAAACUCUUCGAAAGUUUUUCGGACGUCCGGAACAGCUGAUCCAUAAUCUCCUUGCAAAGGUCCGAAAAUGUACUCCUCCUCGAGCGGAUCGCCUGGAAUCAUUCAUUCCUUUCGGGCUGGCGGUGCAAGAGCUCUGCGAUCAUCUCGAGGCUGCCCAGCUCCAGGAUCAUCUAGUGAAUCCGGAAUUACUCCAGGAAUUGGUCGACAAAUUACCAGCCGCUACCAAACGUGAAUGGGUGCAGUUCAAGCGAGCAGAACAGAAGGUGACACUGAAAACGUUUGCUGAGUUUACGUCGAACAUAGCCAGUGAAGCUAGUGAAGUUAUUUUAGUGGUCGAUCAGAAACCGUCUGAUCCCAAAUUCAUCGAUCGAGCCCGUAUCAAGGAAAAGGGAUUCAUACAUGCGCACAAUGCGCACGAAACAUCGAGCCUACAAUCGCCGCCGGUGCCGUCGACUUGCCGCGUAUGUAGGAAGGAGAACCAUCGAGUCCGGAACUGCGAGGAAUUCCGGAAGAAAACUUUAACCGAGCGUCUGAGAUUGAUGGAGCAGCUGAAGCUCUGUGACCGCUGUCUCAACGAGCAUACUGGGUGGUGUCGAUUUAAGAUUACAUGCAACAUCGGCGCAUGUCGUUUGCAUCAUCACCCACUCGUCCACCGUAGGCAAGAAUUUUCGACCCCAUCGCCGGUUCCAGUUUUUUCUACACCUGCUCUCCCUGCGGAGCGAUUGAAUGUCCAUGUGGAGCGUAAGCCGUCUGUUAUUUUGCGCAUUAUUCCCGUCACGUUGUUUAAUGGUUCGCAGUCGGUGAAAACGUUGGCCUACCUGGAUGAAGGUGCUUCUAUGACUCUGAUAGAAGAGAGUUUGGUUCGAGAGUUGAAUGCGCGAGGAGUUUUUCAUCCAAUGACACUGCAAUGGACUUCCAACAUCGUACGCCAGGAAGCUUCGUCACAAUGUUUAUCUUUGGCGAUUUCGGGUGACAGUGGAAAGCGUUUCAAGCUACGUGACGCUCACACGGUGAAGAAAAUGCAUCUUCCGAAGCAAGCUGUAAAGUUUUCUGAAAUCUCCAAUCAACAUCGACACCUGCAAGGAAUAUCUGUACCUGAUCGAGCCGCCGACGAGCCAAGAAUAUUGAUUGGGCUGAACAACAUUUUCUUAUUUGCGCCCUUGGAAUCACGGACCGGAGCCCCACUGGAUCCUAUUGCAGUUCGAUCACAUCUGGGAUGGUCGAUCUAUGGACCCCUAAAUCGAUCGGGAUCUGACAUGUUCGUGGGAUGUCACAAUGAAUACUCGAACCAAGACUUACACGACCAGAUGCGAGAAUAUUUUUUUGCCGAGGAACCGAGCCUGCUUGUGAAGCACAUUCCGGAAUCCAAAGAGUUGGAACGAGCACGAGCAAUUUUAGACCGAACCACUGUCUGGGUUGACGGUCGUUAUGAAUCAGGUUUGCUGUGGAGAUCGGACGACAUUCAACUCCCGGAUAGCUACGCAAUGGCGCGCAAAAGGUGCGAUGCUUUGGAACGACGUUUGAAGAACAACCCUCAACUAGAUUUGGCAGUCCGCCAAAAAAUCGAUUCAUAUUUGGUGAAACAGUAUGCGCACAAGGCAACUCCGCAAGAGUUGGCCUCAGCCACACCCGGGAGAAUCUGGUUCCUUCCGUUAAACGUCGUCAUUCAUCCGAAAAAACCGGAGAAAAUCAGAUUAGUUUGGGACGCCGCUGCAAAGGUCCAAGGCGUGUCCCUGAAUUCGAUGCUACUUCCUGGCCCCGACCUUUUGACGUCUCUUCCGGCGGUGUUACAACGAUUUCGCGAGCGUACGGUGGCAUUUGGAGCCGACAUACGCGAAAUGUACCACCAAAUUCGCGUGCAAGCUGCAGAUCGACAUGCGCAACGGUUUCUAUUUCGUUCAGAUCCGAUCGCCGAGCCCGAGGUCUACAUAAUGGACGUUUGCACCUUCGGAUCUGCCUGCUCUCCAGCCGUGGCGCAGCAUGUGAAACGGGUGAACGCGCACAGGUAUACGCAACAAUUCCCGGAAGCAGUGGAUUCUAUCGACCGUCGACAUUACGUCGAUGACUAUUUGGAUUGUGCUAACACAGAAGACGAGGCGAUUGCAAGAGCGAAGCAGGUGCAGUACAUUCAUCAUCAAGGUGGUUUUGAGCUGCACGGUUGGAUAUCGAACUCCAGUGAAGUAUUACGAGCUUUGGGGGCGUUGCCCUCUGAGGAAGUUUCGCUGAGUGAGCCAAGCUCCAACGGGACAGAACGCGUUCUUGGGAUUAUUUGGAAGCCGCGAGAAGAUACAUUUACAUUUUCGACUACCUUGAGAGAAAACCUGAUUCCCUACUUUUACGACGGCAAGCGUCCUACAAAGCGCAUCGCUCUUAGCGGGGUCAUGAGUCUGUUCGACCCGCUGGGCUUCCUGUCACCCUUUACGGUGCAUGGGAAACUACUUCUGCAGGAGCUGUGGCGCACCGGCUGCGAUUGGGACGAGUGUAUCGACGACGACAACUUUGCUAAGUGGCAAAGAUUUACAUCUUUGUUACCGGAAGUAGAAGCUGCCCGUAUCCAGCGCUGCUAUCUCCAGGGUGGCCCACCAUCUUCUUACGAAACCUUGGAGCUACAUACAUUUGUCGAUGCGUCGGAACAAGCGUUUGGCGCCGCAUCAUACUUUCGCAUCGCAGUAGGAGAAGGCUACAAAUGUUCGCUAAUCAUGUCCAAAACGAAAGUGUGUCCGCUGAAACAACUAUCGAUUCCAAGAUGCGAGUUGUCUGCUGCUGUACUGGGUUCGCAGAUGGCCCACAGUAUUGAAGCUGAACAUGAUUUGAAGGUGACUAGAAGGGUGUUCUGGACAGAUUCCAGGACCGUUUUAUCGUGGAUCCGGUCUGAUCAGCGCAGGUAUAAGCCAUUUGUGGGGUUUCGAAUCGGAACUAUUCUUCAGAAUACGAGAGUCGACGAGUGGCGCUGGGUUCCCACCAAAUUCAACAUUGCGGAUAUCCUGACCAAGUGGAGCAACGAAUCGUUUUUAGCACCCGAUAGCUCUUGGUUCCUGGGGCCGAAGUUUUUGCAACGAGACGAAAGUGAAUGGCCAGAACAGCCAGUUUUAACUCCGAACACGACGCAGGAAUUACGUACGUUUCUUUUGCACCAUAGCUUCCCAACUGGUGAGCUACCAAUCAUCGAUGUGAGGCGAAUAUCCAAGUGGACGAUUUUGCUGCGAACAUUAUGCUGCGUAUUUCGAUUCUCAUCCAACUGUCAACGAAAGAAACUGGGCGAGCUUAUCGAAACGAUCGAAACACCUGAGCACAUCAAGAAGUUAGUCAUCGUUGAGAUCGAAAGUGUGAAGGUCCCAUUGAAGCAGGAGGAGUUUGAAAAAGCCGAGAAUUUGCUGUGGAAGAUAGCGCAACGAGAGAAUUAUUCUACCGAGAUUGCAACGCUGUUGAAUAAUCAACGUCUACCGAAGGAGCAAUGGUCUAGCAUCGAAAAAAGCAGUUCUUUGUACCGCCUGGCACCCUUUCUCGACGAGUAUGGGGUUCUCCGAGUCGACGGCAGAACCAGUGAAGCUUCGUUCGUUCCCUACGACACACGUUUUCCAAUAAUACUUCCCAGAGAUCAUGUUAUUACGAAUCAUCUACUGAAUUACUAUCAUCAACGGUUUGCUCAUGCUAACAAAGAAACCGUUUUCAACGAAUUACGUCAACGUUUCCACGUGUCGAAGCUACGACCCAGCAUCAAAGCAGUACAAAAACAGUGCCAAUGGUGCAAGGUCCAAAGAACGCGUCCAGGACCUGCAAGGAUGGCACCGUUGCCAAUCGAACGUCUCACACCAUUCAUCAAACCGUUCAGUUACGUGGGCAUUGACUAUUUCGGCCCCAUUGAUGUAGCAGUUGGGAGGAGAUCAGAGAAGCGCUGGAUCGUCCUUUUCACGUGCCUUUCCGUUCGAGCGAUCCAUUUGGAAGUAGCUUAUCGCCUGAACGUCGACUCCUGUAUCAUGGCUAUUCGAAGGUUCGUAUUACGCCGAGGUCCUCCAAUAUCGUUUUUCUCCGACAACGGCACGAACUUCCAAGCUGCUAGUAAGGAACUUCUGCAACAAAUUCGCCGCAUCGAUCAAUCCUGUGCAAAUACUUUUACGAAUGCUCGCACCCGCUGGAGCUUUAAUCCGCCGUCCGCCCCUCACAUGGGGGGAAUAUGGGAGCGCAUGGUGCGUUCUACGAAAGCGGCCAUGGCUACCCUAUCUUCUGGAAACCGUAUGACGGAUGAAAUUCUUUUGACUGUAAUCGCUGAAGCUGAGGAAAUCGUGAACACUCGACCUCUUGUGUACUUGCCACAGGACUCUCAAGAGGCUGAAGCGCUGACUCCGAAUAGUUUUAUUCGGGGAUCUUCAUCUGGACAACUUGAUCUCCCAAUGGCACCUACGGAUAAGGCCGAUUCGCUGCGAAGUUUGUAUCAUCGUUCUCAAUACAUCGCCGACGAAUUGUGGAAAAGAUGGUUGAAGGAGUAUCUGCCGUCGCUCAAUAUUCGAACCAAAUGGCUGGAAGAGAACAAACCGCUGCAGAAAGGUGAUCUGGUCUUCAUAACGGAUGAUCUACACCGGAAUAACUGGGUACGAGGAGUGGUAGACGAGGUAAUCCAAGGCAAGGAUGGUCACGUGCGCCAGGCGCUGGUGCGCACUUCUUCUAAACUGAUUCGACGACCAGUAACCAAACUCGCGGUCAUAGAGGUAGGAUCAUCAGGUAAAUCUGACCGAGAAGCUAGUUCCGGACAAGUUUUACGGGCCGGGGAAGUGUUGGGACCCCUCGUUCGUGCUCGAAUCUAG